AGUCAAUCGCCUUACCCACGGUAAUGUUUAAAUCCUCUCCUUGACUCGUGUCUCCUGACUCGAGUAAAAAUCUGUUUUUGCUGCUCCAAUUCGCCUCCAAACGAAGAUAAAAUGGCGCUUGAGUCGAAGGCGCUGCGAUUUAAGUCCAAAUUCAUAACCGCAGAGCUGGCUCGUCUAUUCAGCCAAUCGGACAGCGAGGAAGAGUUUGAAGGAUUCAGCGAAGAAGAGGAAAGCGUGGACAGGAAGCGUUUUGUCAAACCAUAUAAGACCAAGGCGGAGUCCGAGGAUGAGAGCGACGUGGACACAGGUUUCUACUCUGAUGACGACGACACACUCUUGACCAAGAGGAGAAGUCUUUUAGUGGCGCUCAGAUUUCCAAGCAAACAGUCGUCUACACCCAAACAAGAGCCGAAAAACAAAAGCGUCAAAAAGCCGGCGCAAGAGACCCUGGCGCAGAAGAUGAGACAGAGGCUGAAGAAGGAGGAUAAACACAGAGAAGAAGAGAAGGAACCGCAGGAGGAGAAGGGAGAAGAUGAUGUGUUGUACCAGAGCUUAAGGAAACGUGAUAAAAACAUCCGGGAGAACAAGGCCAUGCUGGCUAAGCUGUUUGCUGACCUCAGCACUAUGACGGAUCUGACACUGCCCACCACCCCUCAAAAGAAGAAGCGCUCCCCGGUGAAAGCGACGCCGCGCAAGCGCAAAUCCGAAGUGGAGAACGGGUCGGAGAGGAGGAACCCGUCCCGUAAGGCCCGCCCUCCCGAGAACUUUGCUGUGGACCAAGAGUGUGAGCCGAAGCCCCGUGGAGGCCCCAAAGCCAUGGACCUCAGGAGACUUGUGGAGGUGGACGACGAGCUUGCUGGCAGCAAACCCAAAAAGAGAAGGAGCCACCGACGCAGUCAGUACGAGUACAAGACCGUUGAUGACAUCACGAAGGAAGACCUGGACAACAUAGCCUGCCGCAGCAAGGACAAGAUCUGGGACAAAGAGACCGGAAGCUCGUGCCACCAGUGCAGGCAGAAAACUCUGGACACCAAGACCGUGUGCCGCAGCGGCUUCUGUUCGGCGGGCAAAGGGCAGUUCUGCGGGCCGUGCCUCAAGAACCGUUACGGCGAGGACGUACGCACCGUUCUGCUCGACCCGACAUGGUCGUGCCCCCUUUGCAGAGGGGUGUGCAACUGCAGCCUGUGUCGUAAAAAGGAGGGUCGCUGUGCAACUGGCAUCUUGGUAGGGCUGGCCCGCUACAACGGCCAUGAUAACGUCCAUGAAUAUCUGGAGAGCAUUCAGAAGGAACUCCAGUAAAGUCUGACUCAAACACCAUCACUGCUCAUCACUCUUUUAUACACAUUCAUGCUCUAGCAUCAUCACUCUGAUAGUUUAUAGACACUUUUUAUUCUUUUUAUGCGAAAGAGAAAGCGCAAAAUAGUUUUGUGAUAAGAAAAAGCUGAAAUGGUUGAACUAAUAAUGAUGUACUUUGUCACUUCUAAAACAAAUCUGACACAAUAUCUGGUUAGCAUUUGAAAUUUACAAAAAAUACGGUAUAGGCCAAAAGUUUUGGACACACCUUCAUUUUCUACCGCUUGUCCCUUUUGGGGUGACGGGUGGUGCUGGAGCCUAUCUCAGCUGCAUUUGGGCUGAAGGCAGUGCAAACCCUGGACAAGUCACCACCUCAUCACACCUCAUUCAAUGCAAUUUUCAUGACUAUUUACAUUGUAGAUAGUCACAUCAAAACUAUGAAUGAACACAUGUGGAGUUAUGUACUUAACAAAAAAAAAGGUGAAAUAACUGAAAACAUGUUUUAUAUUCUCGUUUCUUCAAAAUGGCCACUCUUGGCAUUCUCUUCAUGAGCUUCAAGCACACCUGUGAAGUGAAACCCACUUCAGGUGACUAAAAGGCGCAUGUGAAUGAAUUAUUUACACAGAAAGUUUCUGUCAAUGUUUAUUUACAUACCUUAAUCGUUUUUUUAAACUUUCUGUAACACGGCAGUAAAACGGCUGAUCAUGCAAAACAGAAGUCAUGGCCAUGGACCCACUACUCCCUCCAAUCAGCUAAACAGACUCCAUGAGCUUCAAGCACACCUGGGAAGUGAAACCCAUGACUACCUGUUGAAGCUCAUGGAGAGAAUGCCAAGAGUGUGCAAAGGGUGGCUAUUUUGAAGAAACUAGAAUAUAAAACGUGUUUUCAGUUAUUUCACCUUUUUUUUUGUUAAGUACAUAACUCCACAUGUGUUCAUUCAUAGUUUUGAUGUGACUAUCUACAAUGUAAAUAGUCAUGAAAAUAAAGAAAACACAUUGAAUGAGAAGGUGUGUCCAAACUUUUGUCCUGUACUGUACAUGCAGACAAAUUGCUUAAUUAUACUGAGGAUCUUUAGGCGCUGGAGUCAUGUUCUCGGGAUGAUUUUUGUGGUCCUCUCGCCUUUUAGGCACUCUACUCGGGCUUGUGGAGGUGUGUCGCAUCGUGGAAUGCACACUUCCUGUCCUUUCCAAACGUCUACAAUGUUUUUUAAUUGUUAUUUCUGUUCUGAAUGUCGUUUUUGAGACGCUCUGCACUAACUUUAAAAGUGGUUUCAUUACUUAAUUUACCAGCUAAAAUGUCGAGGAAAGAACUGGACCUAACUUUUCGUCAAAAACUAGGACGGAAACUAAAUUGACAAACAUUGACGAUAACUAAGCAACAUUUUUAGUGAACAAAAUGAAUGCUGACAUGUGCCCAAUGCAAGUUUUAUACAAGCUUUCAUAACGUUAAUGUUUGAUUAUUGCAAUGGAGUUGAAAUAAAAAUGUUUGGGUUUUUUUUC